AUGAACCACCAACACAACUCUGUCGAGCCAGAUGACUUCUUGUCGCCAGCAGCGCCAAGCUACGUCGAAGCAACGUCCUACUCUGACACCUACGACAACCCCUUCGAGACCAACAUCCCCCACCGCAUGAACUCGCCCUCCAUCGAACCCGACGAUGUGCCCCUUCCUGGACAAAAACCUCUCAGCCCCACCAAGAGUCCCCUCCCCAAGGUCACUGGAAACAUCGGCUCUUCUUCCAGUGGUCAUGGAAGUAGCAGUAACAGUGCACCCACCGGCAACAUUGGAGGCGGUGUUGGGCUUGGCGUUGGACAGGCCAGUGGUAUUGGAAGCGCUAUUGAUACCCUGGACGAACCCGUCUCCGAGACUCUUCUCCGUGAUCUUCGCAAUGUUGGAGCAAAACUGCAGCAGGUGUUAUAUCCCAAAGGACGCAAGGAUAUUCUCAAGGACUGGGAUCUUUGGGGGCCUCUCCUGAUGUGCUUGACCUUGUCCAUCGUCUUGAGUAUGAGGGCUCAGCCAGAUCAAAAGAUCACUGUCUUCACCUGGAUCUUCAUCAUUGUCUGGUUGGGAUCCGCAGUGGUCACUGUGAAUGCCAAGCUUCUCGGAGGAAGAGUGUCGUUCUUCCAGAGCGUGUGUGUGAUUGGAUACUGCCUGUUCCCACUGGUUCUCGUCAGUAUCGUCUCUAUGUUCCUUUCCAACAUCUAUAUCCGUCUGCCUCUCUCUGGGAUCGCCUUUGCUUGGGCGUCUUGGGCCUCGUUGGGCUUCCUUUCAGAUUCCAACCUGGCCAACCGUCGUGCGCUUGGUGUUUACCCAUUAUUCUUGUUCUACUUUGUCAUCGCCUGGAUGGUUCUCAUCUCAUAA